CACAUCAAACGGUCGUUGGUUCAGAACACUGGCGUCUUCCCAUUUGAUCGGGGUCGCACGCAACUCUGGUCGCUAUAAAGCUUUUCUGUUUCUUAUCGUUUCGGUCACCUGGCUGCGGCAGUGAAGUUAGAAAUUAAAAAGGCGGCUCCCUCUCUCCCUCUCUCCCUCUCUCUCUAGAUCGCUCUCUUCUUCUCUUCUGGUAAACAUAAAACCCUCACAUCCCUUCCCGUCCCACAUUCUCAAUUGAUCGGUAACGAGUGAAACCGAAACUCAACAUGGAGGUGGUGAUGCAAGCACCGCCCAAUAUAGAUUUCAACUUCGAUAGCGCCUGCUCUUCUCCCUACAUUAGCGCUCCUUCCAGCCCCAAACGUUUCGGUGAGUUCUACUUCAGCGCUCCAACUAGUCCUACCAGGGUUGCUGCCAUCUACCGUGAAAUCAACGACGGCCUUUCCGUGAUUAGGACCAACGGCACAUGCAGCAAAGAUGGGCCUUCUUCUUCUACUGUCGUCCCAUUUAACUGGGAUGAGAAGCCGGCAGAACCCAAAUCCAACGACAGCAACGAAGACGACUUCGCCUUUGAUUUCAGCGGUCAGUUAGAGAGAACCUCUCUCACCGCCGAUGAACUUUUCGAUGGAGGCGUCAUCCGACCCCUAAAACCUCCGUCGCGGUUGCAGGUUCCCGACGGAGUUGACGAGUUCCCCACUCGGAAGAGCGCUGCUUCAUCGCCGAGGACGUCCAAGUCACCCAUCUCACAGGGGAAAAAGAUGUUCCGUGAAGCGUUCUCCCCGCGGCACAAGAAGGAUUUCGAUUCAUUUGCAGCUGCAAGCCAACAAGAGCAAAAAGAACCAGAACACGAUCGAGGGAGAGAAAGGGUCCCUGCUUCAAAAUCUGGCCGCAGAGAGACCAGAUCGCUCUCCCCUUUCAGGGUUUCUGAGUUUAAUUGGGAGGAAGAACAACAGCAAAGCACAAAAGCCGCUUCCUCGAAUUCGAAAUCCUCCUCUUCUUACUCUUUGUCGUGGUUUUGCAAGGGCAGCAAGAAAUGGAGAUUGAAAGAUUUUCUGUUGUUCCGAAGCGCGUCAGAAGGUCGAGUGACGGACAAGGAUCCUCUCGGGAAAUUCGCGGUGCCGUCGACGUCGAAGAAGCAGGAGUACGUGAAGAACUCGAGCAUCCGGUCGACCGAUAGCUCCGGGUCGGUAUCCGGUUCUAGGAGAAGAGGGCCGGUUUCAGCUCACGAGUUGCAUUAUACAGUGAAUCGGGCGGUCUCAGAGGAGAUGAAAAAGAAGACCUUCUUGCCUUACAGGCAAGGGCUUCUAGGUUUCUUGCGGUUCAAUUCGACGGUCCACGGUCUAUCCAGGAGCUUUGGCUCCCUUACGCGAUAAUGAUCCAUAGAUCUUUAGCUCUCUUUAUUCUUGCUUUGAACCGUAGAAGCAAACCAGAUAGACCGUAGCCGGUGGUCUUUCUAUUUUGCGAUUAAUAUAUUAUAUAAGUAAUAUACUAUUUAUUAAUUUCUUUAUUCCUUGUAAUUUUUGAAUUGUAUUAGAAUAAAAUGAAAGAAGUCGAUAAAGCCAGCUUCGCUGGGGUACCCGUCUUCAAACCCUGAGAUUGGAAUCCAUGGGUUGGUGGGUCCCGGCAUUUAUAUAUACUAAU